AGCAAAAAAUACAGGACACCAUUUGAAAGAUAGUAUUUACAGUUUUUUCCGAAUCCGAUCAUUUUGCUUGCUACGCACCUGCUGUUUUUUUCCCAAGAACACUCCUCUCACUGUUGUAACAUUGAGUCUAUUGUUCUUGCCCCUGACUAUUUAAUAAGGAGGACGAUCACAUCAUCUCCAUUCUUACUGGACUUUCUUCCAUCAAGAAGAACAAGAAGAUGCCAGCAUCAGUGGACACUGGACGCAGUGACGAACUACGGUAUGAUCGCGUAGCCCGUCAUAAGCGGUUGGACACCAACGUCCAAGUGCUCUACCAUGCCACAAGUGCG